GAGAGUAUAUAUGGCAGCGUCACCACUGCCUCGCUGGGCUCCUACGCCGAGCCCGUCCAGGCCAAUCCGGUCGACGUCGAGCACCAUCGUGACUUCAUGGCGCAGCUGGUCGUCGUGCCAGUUAAGCCCCAUCUUCUUCCCACGUCGUAGCUCCGAGCCAUCGACGCCUUCGCCGGCCAAUGGGGUAGCUGGCGACUGGAGAGAGGAGUCUCGCGUGUCGGAGGUAUUUCUCACGUGGGAGGAUCUAUCAGUGACGGCCACGAACGGGAGAAAGGGCCAUGUUGUGAUCCUCGACGGGCUUAGCGGGUACGCGCGCCCCGGCGAAGUGCUGGCUCUCAUGGGUCCUUCGGGCUGUGGCAAAACUACUCUGCUUGAUGCCCUAGCUGGACGACUUGGGCCGAGCAUGAAAGGGAGAGGAGACAUCAUGAUCAACGGUCGGCGUGAGAAGCUUGCAUUUGGCACCUCCGCAUACGUGACCCAAGAGAGCGUGCUGAUGACGACGCUGACGGUGGCGGAGGCCGUGCGCUACUCGGCGCAGCUCCAGCUGCCGGACUCCAUGUCUCCUUCGGAGAAGCGGUCGCGCGCCGACGAUGCUAUCAAGCAGAUGGGGCUCGCCGCGGUAGCCGACACCCGGAUCGGCGGCCGCGUCAGCAAAGGCAUCAGCGGCGGCCAGCGGAAGCGGGUGAGCAUCUGCAUCGAGCUGCUGGCGUCGCCCUCGCUCAUCUUCCUCGACGAGCCGACAAGCGGGCUCGAUAGCGCCGCGUCCUACCAUGUCAUGAGCCGCAUAGCCCGGAUCGCCCAAAGAGGUGGGAUGACGGUCGUCGCCGCCGUCCACCAGCCGAGCACGGAGGUGUUCGAGCUCUUCCAUGGCCUCUGCCUGAUGGCCAACGGAAAGACGGUUUAUUUCGGUCCAGCAGCCAAAGCUAUAGAGUUCUUUGACUCUAAUGGAUUCCCAUGUCCAAUGAGGAGGAAUCCAUCUGACCAUUUCUUAAGAAUGAUAAACACGGACUUUGAGGAAUAUGAGGAAGGAUCUACUAUAAAUGUGCCCCACGCUGCCAACGUAAUCCAAACUUUGAUGGCCUCAUCCAGCUCUCUUAGUAUAUUAAGUUCCGAAGUGGAAGGUGUGUCUAUAAUUCAGAAAAGACAAGCUACAUUCCUUACCAAAUCAGUUACGCUAACCAAAAGAUCGAUGAUUAACAUGUACAGAGACCUAGGCUACUAUUGGUUACGCUUUGUUAUCAACAUCGGUCUUUUUCUAACCAUUGGGACCAUUUUCUUCAAUGUUGGUGACAGCUAUGAAUCAAUACAAGCACGAGCAUCCAUGCUUAUGUUUACUUCUACCUUUGUGACAAUGAUGGCAAUUGGAAGUUUUCCAUCAUUUGUAGAGGAUAUGAAGAUAUUUCAGAAAGAAUGGCUUACUGGACACUAUGGGGCUACUGAAUUCGUAAUAGCCAACACACUUUCAUCAACUAUAUUCUUGGGCCUCAUUUCCAUUCUACCCGCUGCAAUAGCAUAUUACCUAGUUGGGCUUCAAAGAGGAAUUGACCAUUUUUCCUUCUUUGCUGCAACUCUGUGGGCAUGCAGUAUAUUAGUCGAGGGUAUGAUGAUGAUUGUUGCAGCAAUCGUGCCUGAUUUUAUCCUAGGUGUAGUCACAGGUUCUGGGAUACAAGGUUUAUUGAUGCUAAAUGCUGGUUUCUUUAGGCUUCCAAGUGACCUUCCAAAACUAGUAUGGAAGUACCCAACCUAUUACAUAUCAUACCAAAAAUACACAACUCAAGCAUUGUACAAAAAUGAAUUUUUGGGCUUGGUGUUUGAAAAUAUAGGUGGUGCUGGAAGGUUCAACAUUAGUGGUCAGCAUAUACUGAAGAACAACUUACAGGUGGAGAUGGGCCACUCUAAGUGGGUUGAUCUUGCAAUAUUACUUGGAAUGAGUAUCCUCUACAGGUUUCUUUUCUUGAUCAUUAUAAAGGUUUCUGAAGUUGCAAAGCCCGUGAUAAAACGGUUUAUAGUAGAAGUGUAAAUUAUUUUGUUUCUUUUAGUUAAAAUUAUACUUUUGUAAUCCUAUCAUAAUGUAAUUACCUUGCCAUACGUGUAAUUAUUAACGUAGUUGUAUUUUUAUAUGUUUAUGAACUC